AACUCGUCGUUCCUGCAGCGUGAGGACCCAGACCUGCCAGUGUGUGUGGAGCAGACCGUGUUGGUGUGGGUUCCGCUGGGCUUCCUGUGGCUCUGUGCCCCCUGGCACCUAGCAGUCCUCUGCAGGAAGGGCAUCCCCACUAAACACCUGUCCAAACUAUACCUCUGUAAACAGGUAAACUAAACACCUGUCCAAGAUAUACCCCAGUGGGCAACAUUUGGCACAUUAUGUCAUUUUCUGUUUGUAACCUGUACUUUUCUGGUUGAGAAGAUAUACAACCAGAUUGCAACUAACUGGUUUCUGUUACAACCAGGUAAAGGCAUACAGACAUCAUUGGAAAUAUGUCAUAUUGUGGUCGUUUUUUGGUCAGAUACACAGAUUACAACCUGAUAAAGACGUAUUUUUACGUUAAGAAAACAUCCUUACACAAGCAGUAUAGAACCUGACCAUGAUGUCAUAAAUGUUGUAAUGACAUCAUUGCCAUGACUUCAUUACAACAUUGUACGCUCGGACCUCUGUAAACAGGUUAACUAUUGACCGUUUACAAACUCAAAUUAAGCACCUUCAAGUGUGAUAAAAAAAUAAAAAUCUCUGUGAUAUCGACGCUGAAUCUUUCUUCAAGCAAGUAACAGAGAUGAUCGCUGCAUCGCUCCAUCUGUCACUAUCUCUCUCUCUCUCUCCUUCCCACCUCUCCCUCCUCCUCAGAUUGUGGUUGGCCUGUUGUUGCUGACCGCCAUAGCAGGUCUAGCUGUGACGUUAGGAGAGGAUUAUGGUCCAACCAGAGACACCACUGUGACAGAGACAAAUCCUGGGGUUUUCUAUGCCAACCCCAUUCUGUUCGCUGUCUCAUGGGUAAACCUUUUCAUUGAUCUAUUUAUGUAUUAAUUGGUGUUGAAUUAAAAACAGGGACCGACGCAAACACUUUGACACAAAUGUUCACCCCACAGUGUAUAGUUGUGCCACAGUGUAUCUCGUUUCUAUUUGGUUGUGAUUCGUUGUGGUUUUCCUUGUGACUUUUUAUCACUGUGGUUGUCUGCUAAAUAAAACACUGUAUUAUUGUAUGUCCCUUUCAGAUCCUGCUGCUGCUGUGUCAGGAGGGAGUGAGGAGGAAAGAGGGAGCGGUGGACUCUGCUACUCUGUUCCUCUUCUGGCUGAUCCUGUUGGUCUGUGAUAUCUUCCCCUUCCAGACCCUGCUACGAGAGGCCCUCAGAAUG